AUGGCUCCUCUUCCGCCGCCGCCCAAGGUCGUCGUCUACCACCAGACACACCAUACCCGCGACGGGCAGCGGCCCAUUUCCAUUUUGCCACUGCUCGGCCGCGACGAUGGCGCCGGCUCUGGCCGACCCUCGGCUACGCACAUUGUCGUCGCCGCCGUGCACAUCAAUGGUGCCGACGGCAACAAGCCGAUUACGCUCAACGACCACGCGCCGGACCACGCGCGGUUUGACGUGCUGUGGAGCGAGGUGGCGGCGGCGCAGGCGCGCGGGGUGCGGGUGCUGGCGCUGCUGGGGGGCGCGGCCAAGGGGUCGUACGAGCGGCUGGACGUGGGGCGGGAGGGGGUGUCCCGGCAGUCGUUUGAGACACACUACGCCCUGCUGCAUGGCCUCCUUCGGCGGCGCCGGCUUGACGGCGUGGACCUGGACGUCGAAGAGCCCAUGUCGCUGCCGGGCAUUGUUCAUCUGAUUGACCGGCUGCGCGCCGACUUUGGCCCGGCUUUCCUGUUGACGAUGGCGCCCGUUGCGGCGGCACUGCUGCGGCCGUACGAUCCGCGCUGCAACCUCAGCGGGUUCUCGUACGCCGACCUGGAGCGCCAACGGGGCCACGAGAUUGCGUGGUACCAUGCACAGUUCUACUGCGGCUGGGGUGAUGCGAGCCAGCCGCACAUGUAUGCGACCAUGGUCGGCCUGGGUCCGCCCGGUAGUGGACUGGGUGGUGCAGGCGGGCCAGCGGGCCUCCCGCCUCAAGCUCACCUUCCGGGCCCGAUUGUGUGGCCGGCGCAUCGCGUGGUUAUGGGCCUCGUGACGAACCCGGCCAACGGCCCCGGGUUUGUGCCGCUGGACACGUCGGCGGAGGUCAUGAUGCAGCUGCAGGCAGCGACAUCGGCUGCGGCGGUGGCGUUUCCAGGCGUGCCGGGCAUCCGUGGCGGUUCCUUUGCGGGCGUGUCGGGCUGGGAGUACUUCAACUCGAUGCCGGGCGGUGAAGAGCGGCCAUGGGAGUGGGCCGAGUGGAUGUCGGCGAUCCUGGGGACGAAUGUGGAGGCAGACGGGCUGCCUGGCAAUAUGCAGACAGUGACGCCAGUGGGCGCAGCAAGCACGAAGGCACCAAGCACAGAGGCGAAUAUAGACGCUGGAGCAGCGACGGCAACGUCCAAGACGGCAUCGGCAGCAUCAUGGGAAGCCGAUCCCGAUAGUGAGGGUGGACCGGAUGCACCGGUUCCUGGGGCAUUCGAAUACACGACCGACACCGAGGAGUCCUGA